CAGCACUUCAGCCUCGCGCAAGCAAAAGUGCUUGUGUUGUCGAAUGAGCUUUUAGCAGAGGCGUAGAAGGCAGGAGGGCAGGAGCGCAGCAGGAGUGGCGCGCUAUCAAUGCAUUCACCAGACAACAUCGGAGCCUUCAGGAAUAAAGACGGGAAACAGUAGAUUCCACAGGAAUUUUGCACAGUGCACAGAGUGCCAUCGUCUCCGAAUGAUCAACCAUGGGGGAGUGGACAAUAUUAGAGCGUCUCUUGGAGGCUGCUGUCCAGCAGCACUCUACUAUGAUCGGAAGGAUCUUGCUAACUGUGGUGGUGAUCUUCCGGAUUCUGAUUGUAGCUAUAGUUGGAGAGACUGUCUAUGACGACGAGCAGUCCAUGUUCGUGUGUAACACUUUGCAACCAGGAUGCAACCAGGCGUGUUACGACAAGGCAUUCCCCAUCUCCCAUAUCAGAUAUUGGGUAUUUCAGAUAAUCAUGGUGUGCUGUCCUAGCCUCUGCUUCAUCACAUACUCUGUGCACCAGUCUGCCAAGCAGAAGGAGCGGAGGUUCUCCACGGUGUACCUCUCCCUAGACAAGGACCAGGAUUCCAUGAAGAGAGACGACAGCAAAAAAAUUAAAAACACCAUCAUUAACGGAGUACUUCAGAACACAGAAAACUCCACGAAAGAAGCGGAGCCUGACUGUUUGGAUUCGAAGGACAUUCCGAAUUCGGCCAUGAGAACUACUAAGUCUAAAAUGAGGCGACAAGAGGGCAUCUCAAGAUUUUACAUCAUCCAAGUGGUUUUCAGAAAUGCGUUAGAAAUAGGGUUUUUGGUGGGUCAAUAUUUCCUGUAUGGAUUUAAUGUCCCUGCAGUGUAUGAGUGUGAUCGAUAUCCCUGUAUCAAAGAUGUUGAAUGCUAUGUUUCAAGACCAACCGAGAAGACCGUGUUUCUGGUCUUCAUGUUUGCGGUCAGUGGCGUAUGUGUUCUUCUAAACUUGGCUGAACUCAAUCACCUUGGCUGGAGGAAGAUCAAAACUGCUGUGAGAGGUGUGCAGGCGAGAAGGAAGUCAAUCUAUGAAAUCCGCAACAAAGAUUUGCCAAGGAUGAGCAUGCCCAACUUCGGUCGCACUCAGUCGAGUGACUCUGCGUAUGUGUAGCUUAACGCCCAGUAGCUGAAAGUGAAGGGAGACAUGGGACCCUUUUACAAAUAAUUCGGUAUCUAUUUAUGAGGAAUGUGGUGGACAGUGUAUCUCACCGACCUCAGUGAUGAAGUGGGAGGGGUAGCGAUUUAAUUAGUCUUUAAAGGACAACUAAAACAGACCAAACAUUUGUUUAUCAUAUUUAUGAGAAGGCACUGAUGCAACUUUUAUUAUCAUUUAUAUAUUAUAAAGUGCUUCUUAAAAGCAGAAGCUAGCCUCUAAUCAACGUUUUCUUAUAGUCUAAGGUAUAAAUACUUGCACUAAAUAUGAAUACAGCGAGCCAAAAAGAAGGCCUAUCCGGUGUGUGCUGUGAACGGUGUUUUUACGACAUUCCAUUGGUUUUUCAACACCUCAAACUACCAUAGCAAUGAAAUACAUCAUCAGGCAAUUUGGGAGACACGUUUAAGACUAAUUAUAGCCUACAGAUUAAGUAAUUAAUUCAGUUAAUUAAUUCCUGUAUUAUGUCAAUCAUUUCAUCUCUUUGCUGUUAGAUUUAUUACAUAAACAAUUGUCGAUGUAUUGGUUGCCUGCGCUAGCACCACUGUCCUUAACCUAAACGAUCACUCUAUCUUAGCUUGCUGUGCAGCAGAGUACGACUUUCGAAACGUGCUGCAGACGGCUGUGAUCUGUCUUUUCUUCUUUUCACCCAAGCGCCCACUGCUAUUGUUUGUUA